AGCCUUGAGAUCUUGAAAUGAAAAUAUGACAACCACAACAAACUUCAACUUCAACAGUAUCAGUGAUAGUAUUGAUAGUAAACUAUUGUCAUUAAGAACAAUAUUAUGACGUUUGAUGAAGGAUUUAAGUUAGAUUAUAGUGUUUUUUCUUAAGUCGUGAUGUUUUAUUAAGUGAUGAACAGUUACUCGUUUAAAGAACAUAGUUUAUCUUCUGACUUCGUAAAUUUAAAAAUGAGAUAGCUAAAUUCGUUACGAAAUGACAACGUUAAACUAAUUACCUGCACUUAUAAUACAAUAAAGAAUUUGAGUUUUGCAUAACUUAAAAGUGAAUCAGUAAUGGCUUCACACGCGCUAGGCGGACCUCGUCCUCCAAACAGAAACGUACUGUUAAAAAUAGUAAUUCUUGGUGAUGGUGGUGUUGGAAAAUCUUGUUUGAUGAACAGAUAUGUUAAUAAUCAGUUCAAUGACAAUUCUUUCCAUACUAUUGGUGUUGAAUUUCUAAACAAAGACGUGAAGAUAAAUGAUGAAACGUACACAAUGCAGAUCUGGGACACUGCAGGCCAAGAAAGAUUCAAAAGCCUUAGAACGCCAUUUUAUAGAGGGACAGACAUUUGUAUGCUGACGUUUGCAGUUGACGAUAGAACAAGUUUCAAGAACCUGACAAUGUGGAAGAAUGAAUUUCUCCAUUACGCCAAUAUCAAAGAUGCCUCAACAUUCCCAUUCAUUGUCGUGGCCAGUAAGGCUGAUAUAAGUGCUGAAAAACGAGAAGUGAGUGAAUCUGAAAUCAAGUGCUGGUGUGAAGUGAACGACAACGUGCCUUACAUCGAGACGAGCUCUAAGGAUGCGACCAACGUGGACACUGCCUUCGCCCUGGGUGUCGACAGCUGGAAGAGGCUAGAGGAGGCCCUCGACAAAUCCAACAACUAUGUGGCCGACACCGUCAACCUGUCACGACUUUCCCAGCGCAACAGUUCCAAAUGUUGUACCAACUAGCACAUUCCACUUAUGAAAACAGUAUUUCCUAGGAGUUUAUUGAAAAAUACUUAUUGCUGGCAACAGAGAAGGUUUGUUUUGGCUAAUGAGAGUACAUUGUACAUUAAUUUGUCUGAAAAUCUGCAUUAUAUUUUCAAAUACAACAAUUUUGUAUGUUGCUAAAGGCUAUAAGCAAAACCUUAUUGGUUGCUAGAAAAAUAAGUUUCAACUGGUUACGAAUAGUACGUUGUUUGCUGAUACAAAAGAAAAACAAAUUUGGAUUUGCCGUAACAACAUGUUUUUUUUAGCCACAGACUAGCCAUUGUUGCUGGCUUAUACCUAGUCCAAAUGUUGGUCUAGUCGAUUGCCCAGUGAGCUGGCCCAGCCUGAUAAUGCCUAGUCUACAUCUAGGCUAGCGCUCACAAACCACCCAUCCACACAUUGUUGCUGGUCGUCAUUGGCCUACAUUUGGCCAACAUGUGGAUAAGGUGUAACAUUUGUUUUUUUUAGCCAAAACAUUCUGUUGCUAGCUAAAAACAGUACUUUUAGGCUCAACUCACUCUUACGCGACUCAGGUCGAGAAGAGACUCAACUCUAGUCGAGAGCAUGUGUUUUCAAAUGGUGACAGUCGCGGAGACUAGAAUCGACUAAUCUGAGUGUCACACCAUUUGGAAACACAUGCUCUCGACUAGAGUCGAAUCUCUUCUUGACCUGAGUCGUGUAAGUGUGAGUUGAGCCUAAGCUACCUAACUCAUAUUUUUCGGAUGGAACUAGUUACUUUGCUGCUGGCAAUAACGGUGUUUUAUUACUGGUAAACAAUAUAUUGUUGCUAUAAUAUACAAACCAUACAAGGUGGCCUAUCAUUUUAAUUGAAACAAGAGUGUCUUCCAUGUAGUUCCUAUGAAAUUCUAGCAAUUUGGAAAUAGUUAAGAAUUGUACAUUUGUUAAUUCUGAGUUUCUAAUCACUGAGCAACACUGAAAUCACCCUCACCAAUUUCAAAAACAGCUAAUAUCAUUGUAUCAUGUGGGAAUUAUUAUAGCGUUGUAAAGUGACCUCUAGCGUCAGGGAGUUGAUGUGUCAUCUCUAUUAUGCCUAUAGUGAGGUCCACGUUAUAAUGGCAAUAUUUGAUUAACAUUGAUGUUGCUAUCCUUGUCUAUCAUGCGACAAAACAGACAGCGCUAUUUUUCUACAGCUCCGCAACGUCGCCAAAUCCGUUUUAAACAAUGUAGAAAUAUAAUUAAUCAAGGCAGACAAUCGGUAACGCUGGUCUUCUAUCUUUAUCCACUGCUAUUAAAACGUGGACCUCACUAUAGUCCUAGUAAGCUGGCCCAGCCUGUUAACCCAACGUAAGCAAAUGAAGGCCAGUAAGGCCUUGCUCACACUGACGCUGGUCGUCAUUGGCCUUCGUUGGGCAAACAUGUGGAUGCAGCAUUACAUGCAUAAAGCUUUCCUCCCAUAAUUGUAUUAAUUUUUGACUUUUUAAACAAAAUAACGCGAAUCAUCCAUUCAAUAUUUUUUUAAAACUAAUUAAAUUUGCUAUUUUCACUCGCUUUUUGAAAAAGUCUGUCCCAACAUAGCUUAUAUUUCUUGUAUGUAUUCCAUGUUUCCUCUCCUCAUCACCUUAUCUUCUGCCAUAUUUAGUCCGUCCUUCACAUCCGUCCUUAUUUCACCCUUCUUCUCUUUAUUAUCUCUUAUCCUCUUAAUUUUCAUGUAUCCUGAAUUCUUAAAUAUUAUUAAUUUGUGUAUGUUUCUAAAACUUGUAUUCUAUCUCCACUCUCCAGUUUGUCUACUCUUAUUUUUUCUAUGGUUAUUUCAUUGUUAUAAUUAAGCCGUGUCCACACUGAAAAAAUGUUCGACAAACAUGUUUGUUGAAAAAGUUUGUGAAAAUUUUAUUAUGUUUGACAAACAAAGUUUGCCCAUGGCCAGUGUGGACGCGUCACCAAACAAAGUAUUUGUGAGUGGGAAGAACAGGUUUUAUGUUUUACAGCUGUCAAACUGAAAAUGUUUGGAAAACAGUAUUUUUUGUUUAACAAACAAUGAUUGUCCAAACUUUUUAAAAUGAUUGUCUCUGAGCUCCUCAACAAACAUGUUUGCCGAACAUGUAUGUCGAACAUUUGUUCAGUGUGGACACGGCUUUAGAAAUAUUCAAAAUCUCUGAUCUUACUUUAUAAAGAUUUUAGUAUUGAAUCUCUUUCAUAGUCUUAAUUAGAAAUCUUCAAAAUAUUUUCUCUCACUGAAUGUAGAUUUGAAUAUUGAAUCUCUAAUUUAUUUUGAAAAUGAGUAUGCUCAGAUUUGAUUUUAUUUAUUCAACCAACUCAAAUUCUAUGUUGAAAUUAUGUUUGUGUACUUGAAUUGAACAAUGGUAAUGACUUUCCCAUUCAUUUGUUCUUUUUCUUUCAAUUAAAGCACUGCAAUUAUAUUCCAAAUCAAUAUUUUAAUGCGUGUUUUCAAUUCACCUAAAAAUUUAGUGUUAUCAAUUCUACAAGUAAUGGAACGAGCCUAGGAAAUAAAAUAAGUUUUCAAUAUGAGUAUCAUUGGAAAAUAAUUCAUGCCAUAAAUUAUUAAUAAGUAAUCUUAUUGCACUUGUCAUAUUAUAUUUAAUUUAUUCAUUAUUUAUAUUUUGAAAACUUAAUCCUUGAAGUGUCCUCAAUUAUCAUGGCUUAAUGUAGUAAUAAUCAUCUAUCGCAUCUUAUAAAUUUAACACUUACUGCUGUAUGUCCUGUUUCUAAUAUAUUAGGCCUUUGCAUUCAUCAUAUAUAUUAUUAUAUCUCCUAUUAAAGUCAAUAAUAUAAUAUAUUUCACUUAUCAUGGAUUGGUAGGCCUAGAUACAUACUUAUUCAUCACAUCAUAAACCCAUAAUAUAUUAGUGUGUUAAUCAUAUUAAUCAAAUGAUUAAUUCUAAGUUAUUCUUGUUUAUCAUAGUGAAUUGAAAAACUCACCACCUAUUUUAAUCUAGGAAAACUAGACACAUAAAUUUUACUCAAUUAUUAUCAUAAUCAUUACAUCACUUUCACUACUAUCGAAUCACUAUACAACUAAUAAAUAAUAAUGUGUGCCUUUUGAGAUUAUGUUUGGUAUGAAUAUUGUGAUAUUUCGAUAGAAUAAGACACUAGUAAUGUUGUUAUUAUUUUUUAAUUGUUUUAGUGUUUUAAUUAUGGAAUAUUAUCAUUGUUUCAACUUCUAAAAUAGUUAUGAAAUUGAUGCACGUUUAGAAAAAACACAUAUAUUCUCGAUAACUAAAGUAUUUACUAAUCUUUUUUGUGUACUUUUAAAAUUGUGAUAAAUUAUAUUGGGUUACGAAUCGAAAAAAUUCUUCAAUCAUUGAAUCACUGUUUGUGAUAUCUUUUAUUUUUCAGAAUAUGUUAUUUUAAAUGUUAUGACUCAACUUCUGUUUUUAUUAAAUUGUCAUUAUUUGUAGAGGAAGUAUUUUAUGCCUGUUUUUUGAGAUUAUUAUAAUACUAGUACUUCUUAUAGAAAGUCAAUAUGCAUCACUACAGAGUAUUGAACGAAUGUGUUAAUAAUUUAUAUUUUUCUCUCUUUGUGAAAAACUAUUUUAUUCAAUGAUAAUUCAUUUGAUAUCAUUCAUUUACAGCCUUCAUAUCGCUUCACUGUUUUUUUUUUUUUCUAUUUCACUUGCAUGUUUCUACUUAUUUAAUAUUCUAUUAGAAGGAUCAAAACCUCCUAGAUGCUUCUCCAUCUAUUCAAUAAUACAUCACUUAACCCUUAAAUGAAUAGUCUAGAUUAAAAUAAAUUUAAUAAAUUAAAAAUAAAUUUUAUUCUUAUUAUAAAAAUUAUUGUGAUGUAUUUGAGUUGAAAUGUUAAAUUCAAUAAUUUAUUGUAUUAUUGAAAAUGGAUAUUUAUUUUAAAAACUUGAUUUCUUGGAUAUCACAGAUCCAACCUAGAGUAUGUUAAUUUAUAUGGUUGACUUUUCAUGCAUUUCACAAUAAUAUAGAAUACUUAAAUUCAUAGUUUUUAAUAUAUCUGAGUUCGAAAGUAUAAUUCUGAUACAUUGAGAAAAGUAGUUUACUUAGCGUUUUUAGUUCUUGAUCCUUCCCACCUUUUAACAUCACUGCCCUCUUCAAAAGCCAAAAAAAUAAAUAAAAAAAUGAACCUUUGAAUCUUGUCCAUUUAAACUUUAUAUUCAUAUAAUAUUCCAUUAAAUAAUUCAAUAGUUUAAAUUUUCAACUGACUCCAAUCAAUUCAUAUGAACUUAAUUGAUAUGCUUAUCAAAUUGCAUUGGUAUUAUUAAAUAUAUGGAUAUACGUUUUCUUCUUAUAAUAUUGUUAUAUUAUUCUAAUUAAUUAAGACUAUUGUAUGCUAUUAUAAUCCAUACUAUUUAAAUGCUCCAAUUUGUAAAUAUAAUAAUCAAAGCUGGCCUUAAAUGUAAAUUAUCAGUACAGAUGAAACGAAAUUGCCUUCUUUUUCAUGAAAAGUAUUUAGCUAAUUCUAGCAUUUUUCUAUAACAAUAAUUGUAAUAAUAAAUAAUUUAUCUUAUAGCAAUACAAUAACAUUUGGAACAUGAGGUAUGACAAAGUGGGAAUUAUUAUGUAUUCCAACUAACCGAUAUAGUGGGAAUUAUUAUGUAUUCCAACUAACUGACGUAGUUUCAAAUUUAUUGGUACUGUGGUAUAGCUCACAGUUUCUAAUUGAUAUACCAUACAUCUUAUUGUCCAUCACGAGCAUACAAUAUAUUAAUUGGCUCAUUUUGAAGUUUUAUAUGCGAAUUGUAAAAUUAUGUAAUUAUUAUAGUAUAAUUCUUCAAUGUUAUAUAAAAAUUAUUUGCCAAUGAAAAAUAUCUACAAAUUAUUUUUGUAUUGUUUAUACGAGAGGAAUAGUUACCGGAAAAGGUCUCGCUUGAUGUGAUUGCAGUUAUUAAUGUAUUAAAUUAUCCAUUCAUAA